UUUUAUUCGUUAUCGAUUUUUUCUUGUAUCCAUUUUUGAGUAUAUAUAGGAUUGCAGAUAUAAUCUUUAUACUCGAAUUUUUGUGGAACUUUUCAUAUUAUUAGCAAUACAAUUUUUUUUUACAACUGAGCUAAGCUUUUAAAAUACUUGAAAUUCAUCUGGCAUCUUUGGAUAUAUUCACGUGGAGAAGAUCAUUAGCAAAGUUUACCAUAUUAUAUUGACAAUGGCUCUGAAAAGAUUGAAAACCAAAAAGUCAAAGCGACAAUCUGGACGACUAAAACAUAAAAUUGAAAAGAAAGUGCGCGAACACAAUCGAAAAAUGCGUCGUGAGACGAAGAAAAACCCUAAAAAAGGAGGCAAAAAGCAAAAGCUAAUACAAAUACCGAACAUUUGUCCAUUUAAAGAAGAGAUUUUAAAAGACGUAGAGGAGUCGAAAAAACGUAAUGAAGAGGAAAGAAAUCGACGACGUGAGGCAUUUAAACAACAAAAAAAGGAAAAUAAAUUCAAAAACCUUCAAGAUUUAGUUGUGGAUGCGACUAAUCGGGAGGACGUUCAUUCUUCUACUCACGUGGACAAUGCUGAUGAGAAGGAGUAUAGGCCAUCUAUCAGCAAGGAACAAUCUCUUAAGCAGUACUUCAAGGAAUUCAAUAAAGUUAUUCAGAAUGCUGAUGUAGUUUUAGAGGUGGUAGAUGCACGUGAUCCACUGGGAACUCGAUGCAAUGAAGUUGAAAGGGCUGUGCGCUCUGCAUCGGGUAAUAAACGUUUAGUAUUAAUAUUAAACAAAGCUGAUUUGGUACCGCGUGAAAAUCUAAACAAUUGGAUUCGGUAUUUUCGUCGGUUUGGUCCAGUUACUGCUUUCAAAGCAUCAACUCAAGAUCAGACAUCAAAAUUGGGUCGACGAAAAUUUAAUCAAACCAAAACUGAAAAGGCUCUGCAAGGAUCUGUAUGUGUAGGAGCUGAAUUGUUAAUGUCGAUGCUUGGAAAUUAUUGCCGCAAUAAAGGCAUUAAAACAUCAAUCCGUGUGGGGGUUGUGGGAAUACCAAACGUUGGAAAGAGUUCUAUAAUAAAUUCUUUAACUCGUGGCAAAACGUGCUCUGUUGGUUGCACUCCCGGAAUAACAAAAGUCAUGCAGGAAGUUGAACUUGAUUCUAAAAUAAAGCUUAUUGAUUGCCCGGGCAUUGUUUUUACUAAUGCAGGAAAAGAAAGUUCUGAGGCAGUUGUAUUAAAAAAUGUCCAACGUGUGGGCGACGUUAAAGAUCCUUUUACUAUCGCCGAAAGUGUGUUAAAGCGUGCGAGUAAGCAGUACUUCUGUAAUCUUUAUGAUAUUACAGAGUAUGAUAGUUUCGAAGAAUUUUUUGCUAAAAAGGCAGCGAGAAUGGGUAAAUUUUUAAGAAAAGGUGUACCUGAUGUUGUUGCAGCCGCCCGCAGUGUCCUUAAUGAUUGGAAUAGUGGUAAAAUUAAAUACUGUACACAACCUCCUGAAACAGAGCGAAGAGAAGAUAUCCAUGUUAGUGCCUCAAUAGUACAAUCUGAUGCUCGCGAAUUUGAAGUCGAAAAUUUUGAAGCUAUGGAGAGUGAAAUACUUAACAAUUGUUUUGUUAAAAGUGAAGAAGUAAUGGAAGUCACUUCAAAUGGACCUGUGGAAAUGAAAAUGUCUCUUGACGACACUGAAACGAAAAAGUCUAUACAUCCCGUAGUGAAUGAAAGCGAAAUUCCAAAUAAAAAGAAAAGGAAAAUAAUGGAUACAAAUGAUACAUCUACAGUAGAUUCCGUAAUGAAUUUAGAAGUACACAUGGUUUACGAAUCACACUACGAUAUGUACUACAUGUCUGUCUAUGGUAUAACACAAUUUUGGAUUGCAUCUUAUUCGUUCACUUUACAAACUUCGGAAAUACAGUGGUGGCCUCGCUCGCCUGUCGAAUCGGUCGUUAAAUUUUCACGGCCCCAGGUAUCGAAUAUGAGGACUAUAGUGCCUUUGGGUAAUUAUUUACCGAAGGUAAUCAGGCUUUGAAUAAAAACAUGAAGGAUAUAGUUAAAAAGCGAAAGAAGCAGAAUGCACGCAACGAAAAGAAAAUUUCUCAAAUAACUAAUGUUCUUGAUGGGUUCAGCCUGGAGGCGAGUACUGAU